UUCCUUGUAUUUUUCCUAUUUUCCGAAGAAAAAUAGAGAAAAAUCUAGUUCCAAGCUCGAAGAGAACCCUCUCGAGGCGCCCUCUCAUCAGCAAGCUUCGAUCUUACUCUUUUUCACUCGCUAAAUGAUCUAUCAACCAUGACUUCUCUGCAAAUUUCUGUCAGCUUUUCAAUCCCCAGCAUCUUUGUGGGCAAUCUCGAUAGCAACAGAUGCUGCCUUGGCCUCGGAUUCGUGUCCCCCACCAACUGUUGCUCAGUUCCAAGAAGAAACAUCAGUUCCUUGUGCGGAAAUGGUUCGUUUUGGAGGGAGGGAAUGAAGAAAGAUGUGAUCUUGUUGAGGAAAGGGAGGAAGGGGAGCCUUGUGGUAGUCAGAGCUAACCAAGGGUUUAACGGUGGUGGGGGUGGGUGGGAUAGGAGCACCACCGCCAGGGUUUUGGGCAAUCUUGCUUUGGCCAUGGGGCUGACAUAUCUCAGCAUGACAGGGCAGCUUGGUUGGGUUUUGGAUGCUAUUGUUUCAAUUUGGCUCAUUGCAGUGCUACUGCCUAUUGUGGGGUUAGGUGCUUUCUUCUGGUUUGCAGGACGAGACAUAGUUCAGAGCAGUUGCCCCAAUUGUGGAAAUGAAUUCCAGAUAUUUAAGUCCUCUCUAAAGGAUGGUCCCCAACUAUGCCCCUUCUGCAGUCAACCUUUCUCUGUGCUGGGGAACAAAUUUGUCAGAGAAUCUGCUAGAUUUUCUUCUGACCGUUCUACAACAUAUGGACAGGCCUUUAAUGGAUUCUCAUCGCGUACUGACCAAGGAAAGGCCUCUUCUACUACUGUUGUUGACAUCGAAGCCGAAGUGAAGGACAUAGACUGAUCUAAAUCAUUAGUUACCAUGCUGGUGAAGAAGCUCUCGAGAAAGGUUGGAAUUCAGCAACUGAGGGUUUCUUUCCAUACACAAAUUUUGAAGGUCAGCAGUAGUGAUCCCAUGUUGAUAGUGAAACAGUGUUAUGUACAUAAUAUGCAAUUGCUUAGCUACUAAUUUGUUUUCUGCCACCACAUUUUAGCAACAGUUCACAGGUGAUGCUAUACCAGUGUUCUGCGGGAGAAAUUUAAUCAUAAUUACUGGUGUUCAUAGUGAUAGCAAAUUAGGGUUCCGACUAGAAGGUAGUGAGAACUAACUUGAUGAAUUAAGUUUUAAGAUAUUGAAGACGUAAGAUAGUGAGAACCACCUUUAUUCUGCCUUUGCUUUUUCUUUUUCGUGGUAUACAAUGUGAGUGCCACCAACCUGUUAAAUUAUUUUAUUUAUUAACAUGUAAUUACUUCUCAUUAUUCAAUAGUGAUUGUAGUAAAAUGAGAUCUCGACUUCCCAA